GGCCAUGGCCAAGGCCAAGCUGGUUGCGGCUAGGGGCGGCGAGGAAGCGCGAGAUGUGCGCGGCGAGAGUCCUCUCGCGCGGCUUAAGGAGCGCUAUGUGCAGGAGCGCAUGGAGCGUUUGCAAAAGCUCUGCUUGUUCAAGAUCCGCUCCAUGCAAGCGGCUGCGCAACUGGUGCAUCUGGUGUUGCAGAAGUGGCGGCAGGCCAUUCGGACCUCUUCGCUGGAGCAGAGGAUCCGGUCCCGGGAGGGCCGAACCUUGCUGCAGAAGGCGCUGACCUGCCUGGCUAUCCUCACGCGCUGGGUGCGGAACUCUCGAAUGAUCAACAAGAAGCGGCGCGAAGGCCUGGUGCGCUGGGCGCUUUGUGCCCUAACGGCUUGGUGCGGUGCCAAAGCCUCGGACCGCCAACGCGCCGCGGCGCACCGCCGGAGCGUGGCCGAGCUGCGGACGCGCCGCGGGCUGGGCCUCUGGCAACAGCGGGCGCUGCGCAGCCAGCGGCGGCGGGAGGAGGAGGACGGCGUCGCCGCUGCCUUGAGGCACCGCCUGCUGCGUGGCGCCUUGCGGCGCCUGCGGGGCUGGCGCCUGUGGCGCCUCGCCGCGCGGCGCUUG